AUGGACUUAGAUCCUGAGGAAGAUGCAACCGUAAAUGAAUGGUUCUACGAUCACAAGCCAUUGGCCUCCACAAGGUUUGUGAACGGACCGACCUACAGACGAUGGGCGUUCAGUAUCCCGAUCAUGGCAACCCUAUAUCGUUUGGCUAAUCAGCUUCUCACUGAUUUGACUGACGAUAAUUACUAUUAUCUAUUUGAUUUGAAAUCAUUCUUCACAGCCAAAGCAUUGAAUGUUGCAAUUCCCGGAGGCCCGAAGUUCGAGCCUUUGAUCAAGGAUAUCAACCUUUAUCGAUCAUUUUCCAGUGAUGAGGAUUGGAAUGAGUUCAACGAUAUCAACAAAGUGAUCAUUCGAGCUCCUAUCAGAACAGAAUAUCGCAUUGCGUUUCCUUACAUGUACAACAAUUUAGUGAAUGCUUUGCCUGUGCAGGUUUCUUGGUAUCAUACUCCUUCAGUGGUUUUCAUCAAGACAGAGGAUCCAGAUCUACCAGCGUUCUAUUUCGAUCCGCUGAUUAACCCUAUUGCAAUAAGUGGACUAGAAAAGACAGUAGAAAAUCUCCCCGAUGAUGACGAAAUGGAGGAAUUCGAACUUCCAGAAGACGUAGCGCCCAUCUUUGAGGAGGUCCCACUGUACACUGAUAAUACCGGUAAUGGAAUUGCUUUACUUUGGGCUCCGAGACCCUUCAAUAUCCGAUCUGGUAGAACCCGGAGAACGAUUGAUGUACCAUUGGUGAAGAGUUGGUACAGAGAGCAUUGCCCAGCGGGUUAGCA